CCAUUUGUGCCUCGAUGUAUAAACAAGAAAGCUUCAUACGAUUGGUUCUAUGUUGGGGAAGUUGGAUGAUAACACCAAAUAAGCAUUGUUUAAUAUGAAAUAGAUGGAGAAAAGGUCAACUUGGACUCAUUCAAUGACUGGCAGGCAAGAGAUAGUGUCAAAAAUCACAAAGCCGGCAUCAUCCGAACCUUUCUUUUCAUUAUUCAAGAACUUGGUUUCUCAGAAGUUUUAGAAUCUGAUUAGUAUUUUGGAAAAUGGGUUCAAGAAUUUUUGUGUGCUUGCUUCUAUUUUCCUCUCAAAUUCUGGCGACACUGGCACUAGCAGACAGUGAUGAUACUGCUGCUCUAAAUGCCAUCAAAUCUAGCUGGAGUAACUGGCCCCCAGACUGGAAAGAGUCAGAUCCUUGUGGUUGGGAAGGGAUUAAUUGCACUGAUUCACGCGUAACCUCCAUAAUGUUGGCAGGCACAGGGGUGGAAGGUAGUGACUUCAGUGACAUUUCAGCAUUGACGGAGUUGCAAUUUUUGGAUCUUUCUAACAACAUUGGACUUAAAGGGAUUCUUCCAGCAUCAAUUGGGAAGUUGAAGAAACUGACUACCUUGAUUUUGGUUGGUUGUAGCUUUUAUGGUCCCAUUCCAGAUGCAAUAGGAUCUCUAGAUCGACUGACAUUUUUAGCUUUGAAUAAUAAUAGCUUCAGUGGCUCAAUUCCAUCUUCAAUUGGUAAUCUAACUCAGCUUUCAUGGCUGGAUCUAAGUUAUAACAAGCUUAAUGGUACCAUUCCAGUUGCCAGCAAAUCUGCGAUGGGUUUGGACAUGCUACUUAAUGCUAGACACUUCCAUUUGUCAAAUAAUCAACUGACUGGGUCUAUCCCCGAUCAAUUGUUCAGUUCAAACAUGAACCUGAUACACACGAUAUUUGACCACAACCAGCUCACUGGGAAUUUACCUUCCACUCUAGGAUCUGUAAAGACAUUGGAGAUCGUCCGUUUCGACUCGAAUUUGCUUGAUGGAUCCGUCCCUCCAGACCUCAGUAAUCUUACAAAUAUGAAUGAGUUGUACUUGUCUAAUAAUAAGUUUACAGGAAAUAUGCCCAACCUCACAGGCAUGAAUUUCCUACACUAUGUGGAUCUGAGCAAUAAUAAUUUUAAUGCAUCAAAUGUUCCUCAAUGGAUUACAAGCCUCCAGUCUUUGACAACAUUAAUGAUGGAGAACACACAAAUCCAAGGUCAGAUCCCAGUUGACUUCUUCAGACUUCCUCAAUUGGAGACCGUGGUGCUCAGCAACAAUAAUCUUAGUGGAAUCUUAAAUAUUGGCAAUAGCUACAGCAACAAUCUAACCCUUGAUUUGCGGAACAAUUCCAUUACCGACUUUAUGCAAAAAAAGGAUUACAGCAUGGAGCUAAUUCUAGUUGAUAACCCCAUUUGCAAUACGAGUGGAGCAACUUUGAAAUACUGUACAGUUGAGAAUCACCAUAAUAACACAUUCCCAUCAAACAAUUGUACAGCUAAAUCCUGCUACAAAAACCAAGUAUUGAGUCCUAAUUGUGGAUGUUCACAUCCAUACACUGGAACCCUGCACUUUUUCUCUUUCUCUUUCUCAGAUUUACAAAAUUUAACUUAUUACAAAACCCUUAAUGGGGCUCUGAUGUCUGUUUUUCUCUCCAAUGGGCUUCCUAUUGAUUCAGUAAUUCUUGCUAAUCCAACUGUUGACAUGUAUAACUACCUUCAGUUCAGUCUGCAAAUUUUUCCUUCUGGUCAACAUUCUUUCAAUCGAACAUCGAUAUCUACAAUAGGUUUCCUACUCAAUCGUCAGCAAUUUCCGCUUCAAUAUUAUGGGCCAUUCUUCUUCAUUGAUGAACCGUACUGUUGUUUUGCAGGAUCCAAAAAGUCAUCAAAUGCAGGCAUUAUCAUUGGAGUAGCAAUUGGCUGUUCCGUGCUUGUGCUAUUGGUCAUCUUUGCUGGAAUUUAUGCUUUUCUUCAGCAUAGAAAAGCAAAGAGAGCUUCCGAAAGGAGCAACCCAUUCGCAUCUUGGGACCCUAAAAAAGAAAGCGGCAGUGUUCCACAACUUCAAGGAGCAAAAUGGUUUUCCUUUGAAGAUCUUAAGAAAUGCACUGACAAUUUUUCAGAAUCCAAGUGCAUUGGAUCUGGAGGCUAUGGAAAGGUUUACAAAGGAGCUAUUUCUUCUGGACAAUUAGUUGCAAUCAAGCGUGCUCAACAGGGAUCAAUGCAAGGGGCCUCUGAGUUUAAAACAGAGAUUGAACUUAUGUCAAGGAUUCAUCAUAAGAACGUCGUCAGCCUUGUGGGAUUCUGUUAUGAUCAAGGUGAACAAAUGCUGGUCUACGAGUAUAUAUCAAAUGGUACCCUUCGAGAUUGUCUUUCAGGGAAGAUAGGAUUCAAAUUAGAUUGGAGCAGAAGACUUAAGAUAGCUUUUGAUGCUGCCAGAGGGCUGUCAUAUUUGCAUGAGCUUGCCAACCCUCCGAUCAUUCACAGGGAUAUUAAAUCAAACAACAUAUUGCUGGACGAUCAUUUCAAUGCAAAAGUUGCUGAUUUUGGUCUAUCGAAACUCAUGGGUGAUACGGGCAAGGGUUAUGUCACCACUCAAGUCAAAGGGACACUGGGAUACAUGGAUCCUGAAUACUACAUGACCCAACAGCUUACCGAGAAAAGCGAUGUAUAUAGCUUUGGAAUUGUACUGCUAGAGCUAAUAACUGCUAAAGCCCCUAUAAAGCAUGGAAAACACAUUGUAAGAGCAGUUCAGGAGGAAUUGGACGAUGCAGAAGGUUCUGAAAAUCUAGAUAAAAUUCUUGAUCCAGCCAUGGGAUCAGGAUCACAUGUUGUUGGCUUGAAAAAGUUUGUCGAUCUUGCAAUGAGAUGCGUUAGAGAAUCUGCUGCUGACCGGCCUACAAUGGGAGAGGUCGUGAGAGAGAUUGAGAACAUCUUGGAAUCGUCACCCGUAAACAAGAAAAUGGACACAAAAAUCUCUCGAUCUAGCCAUGAGGAAGAAAGCAAUCUGAGUCCUCUCCAUUCUUAUGACACUGAGGUGUCUGAUGUCAGCUAUGGCUCUUUCCCGUUCCGCGUAGAGCAUCAGUAUGGAAAGUAAGGAAUUAUGAAUAUCUUGAUCCAAAGUGCUAUCUAUAUUUAUAUUGAAACUGUGAAUGCUUUCAAUUUUGGUUUAUCCAUUUAUUGAUCAUAGCAGAUUGUACAAUCAAGAACUGAUACAUUAGGUGGUAGAGAAGUUACAAAACUGAGACCCAAUUUUUUGUGCUGUUGUAUAAUGUACAAAAAUAGUUACACUGUCAACUAUCAAGCUAAAGGGGUUCAUUUAGUUAUUCUAUCUA